CUCGUGACACAGAUAAGGUUACGAUAACUUCAACGUGUGCGAGCUCGUUCUUUUGCCCACGGAGUACAAACCCCACCCCACAGAAACAUCACGACCUAAAAACAGGAAGUGAAGAGACAUGUCCAUGAAUCUAAACGAAGACGAUCGAAUAGAGCACAAUAAUUAUAGCGUCUGUAAUUAAAAAUAUAAGGUUUCCAUCGCAGCAUCCAACGCAAGCGAGAGAGGACAGCCUAUACCGCAACGAAAUCACUGCUGUUUAAAGAGUCGUGGAUGAAUUUGAUCCAUCCAAACACACUGGGUUUGUGUUGAGAGUAUGGGACAGCACCUGGCAAAGCGAGAGCAGCAAACAGAGACCAUGGAUCCCGAACCACAACCAGAAGGCCAAAAUACAACUGAGAUGGAGUCCCAUGAUGAAGUUUUUGGGGAGGCAGAUGUGAACCAGAACAAUGACCACCCCUCCAAGAGGACGACGGCGGUGACUGACUCCACGGGUGCUGAGGGGGCCCAGGAGGUCUGGAGCGACGCCAGCGCAGAUGACCCCAACGACGGCACGCCCCGCCCCCACUUGGUCCGCCUCUUCUCGCGAGACGCGCCGGGCCGCGAGGACAACACCUUCAAAGACCGCCCUUCAGAGUCCGAUGAGCUACAGACCAUCCAGGAGCACAGUGGAGCAGGCACGGAGAGUGGCUCGGAGUGACCCAAACUAAA